UGCCCUCGCCAACCAUGGUUAUAUUCCACGAGAUGGCAAGAACAUCGGCCCAUGGGACCUCGUUCAUGGACUCAAAAAUGGCUACCGCAUAUCAACAGUGCUGGCCUGCCUUUUGUCAUUUGGCAGCAUGCUCCUACUCGGGCAAUACAGAUCCUUGUCGCUCUCAGAUCUCGCUCGUCAUAACAUGAUCGAGCAUAACGCAUCACUUGUUCACAAAGACGACAGAAACGGCGCCGAAUAUGCUCCAUGCAAGGUGAACAGGAAGCUAUUAGAAGCCCUUUGUGCAGAAGGAGGGAAGGUAGUCCCAGACAGAAUGACUCUCGAGGAUGCCGCGCACAUCCGUGUCCAGAGAGAAGUGGAGUGCGGAGUGUUGGAUGGUGUGCAUGCUGAGAUAGCUCGAGGCGAGAUAGUCAUCGCUAUCGGAGUCCUAGGUGGCAAGGACGCGGCGAAGAACGGCGUCACCAUUAGCGCAUUGCACGAUUGGAUGCAGCAUGAGCGCCUACCUGUUGACUGGAAGCCGGAUCACACUCAGGGCUUGUACCAGACAUACAAGAUGGCGAAGUAUGUUAGGGAUCGCAUGACGGAGAUCAAAGCGCAGAAACCACCAGUGGAGUCGCAUUAAGAUUGGCUUUCCGUCUCUAUUUUAUUGGUCUUGUUCAGAUUUUAUUCGUAUAUAUUUCAUACCCAUCAGACGUCUGUUCGUACAACAAAUUUACUUAUAUCGCACAAUAUCAAUAUCUCUGUUAAUCAUUCUGUAUUUCAUUCAAUCCCUUCACGAGUCACAUAGUAGUCACACAGUUGUUGAUUAUCCCUAAUUUAUUGCUUGGCCUUGCGGUUCAUUCAC